UAAACAUUGAUUUCUUUUUAAUUCGCGUGUGUUGAUUAAGGAAUUGAUUUCAUUUUGAAAAGAAAUAUUAACUGCAAGUUUUUGUGACGAAAAUUCAGUGUGUCUGUGCAUUAGUGUUGUUAUCAUUAUCGUCCCUUCACUAUUCAACCGUACAACAGCUGGAAAUAUUUUUCGAGUUUAUCACAAUCGAUUCUUCUAGUUCAACAAAUAGAUAAGAUCGUUUGAGCAGCAACGAUAGCGGCGUUAUGCGAAGUGCAACGUGAGUGAUAUGUCAUCGUUAGCCAUCAUCCAGGCAACAACAAGCAACAAUCAACAAGCGAUUGCGGGCAAUUUUUCAUUUGUUUUCAUUUCGUAAAGUUCUACGAAUCAAGCAACAAAACAAUAAAAAAAAAACGACCAAACAUAAAAUUAUUUCGUAUUUCAUUUUGAAAAACGACGAUAUAAAUAAAAACAGCAAGCAUUGCAGACAAGAAUCUUUCUAACCGGAUUCAUCACGAAGGAGAAGAUAAACUAAAGGAGACGAAACAAAUUUUACCUGUAUUGCACCUGAAACUGGCGCUUACGCAAAAAAAACGAAUAUACACACACAUCAGACACGCAUUUCAGAAACGCUAAAAUAAUGAAAAACUAGCAAAGGAAAGAAAACCCAAACGAAAAUCAAUCAAACCAGUCGAUUGUAUGAAUAUAAAAUUCUGUCCGUGUUGGUUAAGGUAACCAAUAUACAAAGAAACAUUGAUUUAAUCAAAAACCAUCCAAAAUCGAGACAUUAUCGUUACGAAUGCCAUACAAAAUUUAAAAAUCUCUGUCCAGAACAGCGUGUGUUACCUGAAUAACAGAUACGGUAUUUUUGUUUGUUUGAUAAAAGGUGUACAAACCGAAAGAAAACACACCGAAACCACAUAAAUAAAACACCAUUUCUAAAAAUAACCGAACCAAAAGAAACCGUCAAAAUGGCAACCGUCCCUGCUCUCUUGGAAGCUCGAUCAUAUCGUCCAUUCAAAUCCAGCGAAGAGUAUUUAUAUGCAAUGCGUGAAGAUUUGGCCGAAUGGUUGAACACCAUGUAUCCAGAGCUACGCAUUAAUGUGGACAAUUUCAUGGAUCGUCUUGAUACCGGCGUCGCAUUGUGCAAGCACGCGAACAAUGUUCGAACAGCAGCAGAAGAAUACUUGGCCAGACGGCAAGCACGCAACAAAUCAAUGACGAAAUCGAUGACAUCAGGUCUGGCUGGUCCAAUUCUCGCAAUGGGAAAUAUACACUUUUUACCGGCCGCCAAAAGCGGCACCUUCUUUUCCAGAGACAAUGUAUCGAAUUUCAUUUCAUGGUGCAGAAAAAGUUUGCAAAUAUUUGAGUGCCUACUCUUCGAGACGGAUGACUUAAUCAUGCGGAAGAAUGAAAAACAUGUGAUAUUAUGCCUGCUGGAAGUAGCAAGACGUGGUGCAAAAUUCGGAAUGUUGGCUCCGAUGCUUGUGCAAAUGGAGCGUCAAAUUGAUCGUGAGAUCGCCGCCGAUAAUAAAGCGAAUGGUGUUGCAUUUGGUACACAAACCGAUGAUACCAAGCAAACAACAUCAACCAGCACCGACACGGAAAAUGGCCUUUUCGACACCGAUUCCGACGAUGAAGAUGCCGAAGAGCCAAUGCUUACAGUCUACGGACCACAACCACAAAUCAUAACAAAUGAUUUAAAAAGUCUCGACGAAAUGGUCCGUGAUUUGGUAGAGAAAUGUACGUGCCCAUCACAGUUUCCAAUGGUUCGUGUAUCGGAGGGAAAAUAUCGUAUUGGCGAUACAAAAGUGCUGAUUUUUGUUCGUAUUUUACGAUCUCAUGUUAUGGUUCGCGUUGGUGGUGGAUGGGAUACUUUAUCACAUUAUUUGGACAAACACGAUCCAUGUCGAUGCCGUGCUCAGCAUCGAACAUCUGUUGCAGCUCGUAUCAUAACGCGUACGAAUCAGGCAACUAACGGCAUUGAAUUGCACAAGGCUCAAGUGUUCUUCGAGAGGUCGCCACCAUCGGCUCGCAAAGCAUUGAAUGGUAAUUCGGGAUCAUCGAAUAAUGCAACAUCACCGGUUACAGCCAAUUUAAAUUCACUCUCGCCACAGUCUGGCCAAUCGGCCGGUCGAAAUCGAAGCCGAAGCCCAACACCAAAUCAACCGAAGAACACAACUUUAACUACUGAACAGUUACAGUCAACGGAAAAGAUAUUGUUGGCAUCACCAAACGUGCAACGACGUUCAAUGUCGCCAAGUCCACGUCGAUUGGGCGAUCUAAAAAGCAAAAAACAAACAUCGUUCGAUUCAAAUGCUGGUACAACAGCUACCACUACAAACACGACCAACACCACCACAGAAGCUGAAACAACGAAAUUGAGCGAAACCAAUGGCGGCGCAAAUGGAACAACUGAUAGCGGCGGUAAAUUUGAAAAUAUUAGCGACAACGGAAGUGAAAUCAGUGACGAAGGAUAUCGAAGCUUAGGUCUUAUUCAACAGGCCAAUAAUAAUCAAUCGAAACGGGCAUCAUUGCAUAGCCAAACAUCGCUUGAAGAUGGUAAAAUAGAUGACGCGAAAACUAGUGUGCGUCUCAUCGAUCAAACCUCAAGCGAUUCACAAUGUUCACCAACCGAUGAACUAAGCUCGAAAGGUACAGCGGCCGAUUUGAUUGAAACAAUUGAAUCGAGUCCAGUGGAUAUACCAGAUGCAACAUUGACCACAGAAGAAACCGUAGACCCAAAGCCAUUUGAAGAAGCUGGCGUUUUUAUAACAGAUGAUGAAAUCACCGUUGAUGUAUCCAACACAACUGGAUUACGGAAAACUGGCUUUUCUGAUGAUUUAUAUAGUGAUAGUUUAACGAAAAAGACAUUUAGCAAAAUUCCACGUUCGCCAAUGACGCGCCGCAAGAGCAUUGACAGUUGUUCGAUCAACAGUGAUAAUGCAACAAAUACAGGAUUACCAAUAUUAUCACGAAAAAUGCCCGUAUAUCGUUCAGUUCGAAAAUCAUCAUCGCCAAACAUUGAAUUGAAUGCAAUGACCACGGAUAAAGUGGCCACAACAUCACCGAAAAAGGAUAAUAACAUCGGUACAUGGAAUGGACGUUCAGUAAGUACAACAAAAAAACGUCCAACCGUUGGUACGGAAUCAUUUACACCGCUAUCAAAUAAAAAUAGCGGUAGUACAUCGAAUUUAAGUCAAAAAGGAACAACACCGUUCCAACGAAAUUCAGAAAGUCGCAUUUCACGUUGUCAAUACGAUCAAAAUGGUCGUCGCAUUGUGAAAUCGACAAAUACAUCGCCGGUAAAACAAUCCACAUCGCCGCUUGCUCAGCAAAUCCUUGAGGCGGCCGAAAGUGCGAAGAACGAUACACAAAUGUUGGAAAAAAUGAAAUUACUGCUAAGUAAGUAUACGGUAAAUAAAACCGGCAGUAAAUCAAGUGGAUCAUCGAAUCGAAGUCGUUCGACAGCAACACCAUCACCGGUUAAAAAUAAAGACGAAUUCGAAGAUUUUACCACGGCUUGGGUGAACUCGAAUGGUUCAUUGGAUCGUGCAAGUAAUUGCUGUGCACCAAAUAAAGCACAUUCGAAACGAAGUUCGGCUGCCUCGUCGUGCGACAGUACUGCAUAUGGUAAAGGUGACAUUCAUGUAUCGAAUAGACGUGAUCGCGGUGUUUCACGCAUUCCCGCACCAAUUCGACAAAAUACAGAGCUUUAUUGACGUUUAAGUCACUUUUAAGUUUUAUUCAAUUUACGUUCAUUUUUAAUUGGAUUGCAUCUUUUGUUUUAUACUUUCUUAGUGUUUUAAGAGUUUCUUCGUUUGAUUUAAUCGUCUAUGGUACGAUUUAUUUUUUAUUUAAACAUAUAAAAAAACAAACUACUGGAAAUAUUUUCCCCAUUUGAAAAUUGCUUUGAUGGCAAUUAUGCUUUCAUUGAAGCUUUAUCGAGAAUUUAUAUUGACCAUUUAUUCAUUUUUAGUUGUCGUUUUUUUUUUAAAUUAUUAUUUUUAAUUUGUUCGUAUGUUCUUUACAUACAAGAAGCUAUGAUAAUAUUAAUAAAAUCAAUAGUCUCGCUUGAAAUAUUCACAUUGGUUAGAUGGAACUAACUAAAAAAGCAAGCAAUAAAAAAGACAGUUUUUAUUUGAAAACAACAAUCGAAAAAAAAAAACAAUACUCAUUACGCAACAUUUGAACCCUAUAGCCUUCCAAACACAUCUUAUUCACUUUUUUCUCCUUCGUUCUUUUUCUAUCAUUUUUUUUUUUUUAUUUAGAGAAUAGAAUUCAUACUAAAAACAAAAUAUAUUUCACGCAUAAGUUUUUUAUAGUCUCUCAUUGAAGCAUAUAGAUGAGAUAGAAUGAAAGGAAUUCAAACAUAUUUUUGUAGAAAUUGCAAUUAGGUAUUAGUGUCUAUGAAAAUUUGACUUUUGAUCAAAGCGAAAUAUAAUAAACGCGAAAAAAAAACUAUAUAUAUUUAUGCACUCUUUUCAACCAAAACACACGUAAUCGUCAAUCUAUAGAUCGAAUGGUGAAAGAGCCAUUGUUUAAAAACUUUUACGUUUUAAAAUACGCUAGACUUUUGUAUGUCACAAACUACAUGUAUGUAGAAAAUAAUAGAAAUGAAGAGCCUAUAUCGAGCCUUUCCUCUAAAAUAAAAACAAAAAAAGCCACAUUGAGAAUAUCUCGACGGUAGUCAACUAAUAAUAAAAAAAAUAAAAUUUUGUUCCAUAAAGUUAUAUAAUACAAUUACAUCGUUAAUAUAGCAGUAAA